AUGACCCCGGGGCUGCCCAGCUGCGAGCCAGCGUUUCCUCGAAUCCGGCAGGGCUGCGCGGGGGUCGGGAGACCCGGAGGGCCUGCGAGGGAGGAGGGGGGUCAAAGACGUGCACGACCCGCCCGGGCCGAGGGCGAGAGCACGCUGGAGGGUGGAACCACUGAAGAGGGGGAGAGCGCGGGUCCUGAGUUCCGGCCCUGCCUGCGAGCUCCCGGGCCCCCUCUUUCCGAUCCACUGGGGAAACCGAGGCACAGACUGUCCCAAGGCGCACCAGGUGUUAGCACACUACGAAGAAGCCAAGUGAAAGCCUGUGAGGAGCGACCCGUCCGAGGCCAGGCCCUGGGGAUCGGGGUUAAAAGAAAGGGUCCUGGGAUUCCGGAAGGCCUGAGCGCCCGCUGCCCGGACAGCUUCGCGGGGUGGAUUCAGCUGGAUCACCGCGAGGGUCCCCGGUCUCACGAAAUUAAUCGAGGAGUAGAGAUUACAUUUAACCUCUGCAGACAGCAAGACAGGGACCACUCUCCCUCCCAGCCUGGCGCCAGCUUGAACCCGAGGGCAUGUCAACAGGAGCCAGGAACUGGAGGCGAAGCAUCUUUCAUUUCCUCUGCGGCGGUGGAACAAGUGAGGGACCUGGCAGCAUCUAGCGGCGUGAUCCAGAGCCUGGUGGAGAGCUGGGAAGCUUGCAGCUCCUCUAAUUCUUACUGCUAUAAACCAAAGGGAACUGGAGACAUAAAGGGAUGCAACCCGAACAUUAGCAAAGAGGAGGAGAAGCCCCCAAGGGGCACAGAUUGGGGACCAGCACGUGGCUUCCAGCAAACUGCCUUGCCUGAGACCUGGCUGGAGUCAGAGGCAGCCGCGUGGAUCAGCCUGGGUCCCAGCGGCGGACUGUGCCCUCUGAAUCCGGGGCAGUGCAGCCACCACUCCAUCCACCAGCUCUGCGGUACCUACCAGCUCUUCCCACGGUGGUGACGGCAAAGAAAACAUUUCUCAGGGAGAAGAGACUUGAAUGGCAAUGUCUCCGCACACAGAGGAGUAUUUAGAGCUUAUGUGGUUUGAAUGUGACCUUCUUACCAGACUAGACCGGAAUAACAAUUUAGUUAUUUUCGAUAACUGCUAGGCUUCUAAAUAACUAGAUAUUGUAAUCGUUUCCAUCAGGGACUCCAUUCAGAACCCUGUUUCAGUUAACAUGGUCAUUGUGGCACCGUGGCCUGUAUGUAGGUCUUGGUCUUUAGAAAUAGAAAGUGCAUGUUAAGCAUCCUGCUAUUUGUGCUGCCCACCACAAACUCUGCUCUCCUUUUCCUGGUGUUCCUAUUUGGAGACGGAUUCUGUAGUAUUGAAUUUUGAGAUUUCUAGUGUCCUCUGCAAAGGUUUUACCUCAUUUGAGUUGCUUCUUUUAACCCUUGGCAGUGGUUUUGAAGAGCAGAGGCACAUGAAAACAGUCUGAGUGUCUUGUAAACAACCAAGGCUGAUUUAUCAAACGAACGCUCUUUCUAGCAUCCUGGUCUCUGUUGAACUUCUUUCUUUAUUUGGAGGGCUGGAGAAUGUGCUGGGUCGGGUCUUUGCAUUCGGAAAGUUAGAAUGACGCCCCCUUCUCUGUUUUAAUCUAUUUCACCUCUCGGAGGCAGAUGGAUCAGAAGCUCACAAGGAAAACCGAUGCCCUUUCCCGCAGCGAAAUUAACCAGAAUCACGUGGAAAACAAUCCAAGCCUUGUAGGAAAGGGGAGCCAUUAAAAUGUGCCCUGAGCGAUGGGCUGCACCCAAUCUUGCAGCCUGGUUCACUCGGCGGCAACAGACAGGAGGCUGCUCCCUGGGAUGGAGGGAGCCUUGUUGUAGUGCCACAAUUAAAAUCAGCUCCUCUGCCAAAAAAUAAAAGGGAGGCGGGAAGAAGGAGAACAUCAAAGACAGAUUGAAAUGUGUAGUUAGUAAUAAGAGUGGUCUCCUCUUGAACCAAAGCCUGCAGCGAUUCACGGCCCCCUUGUUAAUGAGAAAUUUUGACCUCUGGUUUGUAAGUUAAACUUGUAAUCCCAGCUAAUGAAGUAAAUCACUUCCAACUUGA